UAAGUAUUAGAACAUGUGUGAGAGCUCGUAAACAGACAGAAAUUGCUCAAACUCAGCAAAUAGAUGCAGAUGCUAAACAACGAUUUAAAGUUGUUGUAAUAAAUGAGGCUGAUGAAAUCACGCGUGAAGCUCAAGCUGCACUUCGGCGCACAAUGGAGAAAUACAUGUCGAAUUUGAGGAUUAUUCUUUGUUGUAAUUCUAUGAGCAGAAUCAUCGAACCGAUUCGCAGUAGAUGCUUGCUUUUAAGAGUGCCACUGCCUUCGAUUGAUGAGGUUUCUACAAUUCUUCAAAAUAUCGCAUCUAAUGAAGACAUACGUUUAAGCAGGACUUUAGCCGAUCAAAUUAGCAAACAUUCCAAAAGAAACCCAAGAAAGGCUAUUUUGACUUUCGAAGUCAUGGCAUCCCAAAACAAAAACUUGAAUGAUAAGACUGAAAUUCCAAAAAUUGAUUGGGAACAAGCGAUCGACGAAAUAGUUAAUAAAAUCGCGAAGACGCAAACAGUCGAAACCUUAAGUACAGUUAGACAGAAGAUCUACGAACUUCAGAGCCACUGUAUUCCACCACCGCUCAUUCUGAAG